UGCUGAAACUUUUUUUCACGUUUCCGCAGUGUCACGAUUUCCGCUUCCCUCCUUCAAAGGAAAAAAAAAACCCAAGAACCCACCCCCGCGCUCCCCGCCAUCCGCGGCCGCCGGAGCCGCUGGCAGCCAUGGAGGAGCCCGAGGCCGCGGGGGCCGCCGCGCCGGCCGGGCUGCGCUCGGUCCUGCCCUCCCGGGAGUUCCUGGGCUCCCGCAAGGGCCAGCUCCUCCUCGCCGAGUCGGUGCUGUCAUUUAUCAUCUUUAUCUGCUUUAUUGCAUCUCUAGCUGCCUCUUUCAUGAUGGCACCACUCCUAGAGUUUCUGCUGGCACUGUUUCUUUUUUUUGCCUAUGCCUUCAAACUUAAUGAGAAGUUUAAAGGAUUCUACUGGCCUUUGACGGAUUUCUUGCGGUGUGUCACUGCUGCCAUUAUUUACUUCGCCAUUUCAAUUGCUGCUGUCUCAAAAUAUAAUGAUGGAGCAUCUAAAGCAGCAGGAGUGUUUGGAUUUAUAGCCACAAUAGUGUACGCUAUUGAUUUCUACGUAACUUUCAACGACCUGGUUACUUUCCUCAAGCAAGGUAGUUCUGAUUCCCCUCAAGGGCAAAAGUCAGAAGAUGAGGACUCAGAUUCUGACUCAGACUGAAGAACCAAACACCAGCCAAGUAUGAAGGGAAGAUGAUCAAGCACCUUCCUCUUUGCUGAAUACACUGUCAAUUGAAAUAUCUCCCUUAUUCAGCCUCGGUAUCCUCUUUCCACCUGUUUAUGGAAUCAUCAAAGCACAAACAUGGCAGUGAUGUGGAAAAGUAGACUAUUCUCAAUGCCAUUAGACACUCCUUCAGAACAGUAGUUCAACCUGCCAUAGACAUCUGUAUCCAAACACCACAUCUCAGUUCUCCAUUACCCCUCCUUACUCAGCACUACAAUGUACUGAGUAAACGGGAACACAGCAUUUUAAGCAUAGAAGUGGAGCUUUUAAUAUGCUUUCUCAAUUCCAAAUAUUUAAUACUUAUAGCUUUUUUACUUCUUACUGUGCCAAAGAAGAGAGGUUCAGAAUACCUCUAUUUUAUUUUUCUUUAUUAACUAACAAUAUUUUCUUUGUAUGAAGUCUGAAUAUUCCACUGUCUCAAGCACUGAAGGCAUAGAUAGUUAACAUGUUGGUUUCAAUACAUUUAUAUCUACUAAAUAUUUGCAACAAGAAAAGGUGAGAACUGGAAAUCUCCAGCAAGAAUGAACCUCAAAGUGUAACUGUGUUGCAGGGUAACUGGCUCAUCAGACAUUCACAAUCACUUUUUUUUAAGCUGCUUGGAUGGGGUCACAUCCCAUCUUCUACAGGUUCACCACAGAUACGAGGUAGGACAGAUGAGUCAUCAUCUUACCAACCCCUUCCACUUGCCUGGAAGCCCUUGUACAUGUUUGCACAUACUGGAAGGAAGGCUUGCCAAAUACCAUCCAACUUUAUCUGCCUAUUGAAGCCUGCAAAUUUUUGUGUGCAAGAUGUCACUGUCUGAUCUCAUGCUCUGUGUUGUGAACACUGCUCCUCCCAUGAGAAGCAGCACUGGAUUUUGUCCACUGGGUUUGCAAAACAGAAGACUGUUUCUGUAAAACUCAGGAUAUCUGGGCCCCAGGAGGGCAAUAGAGCCUUCCCACUGUGAAACCCCAAAAAAAAAGCCCCAAAAAACAACAACCUCCAAACUGAAGAAUGUCUGCAAUGAAAUUCAUAUUCCCAGACCGCUUUUUUGCGGGUGUGUUGUCUGGUUUGGGUUCCCCCCCCCCCAACCAGAACAUGAUUCAUCUCAUGGUCUAGUUACUAUUCUGGGGGGAAAGCCUUCUGAAUUUACAAGAAGGUGUUUUCAUGGGUAGCACAGCCUACCUUGAAAUAUAGUGUUCACCUUGUGUUCACCUAUAAUCACAUACUCCUUGGAAAAAGCACGGCAUGCUCCUUGUAUAUGGCAUCAGACAGGUCUAUUCCAAAGAAACCUGUAUGUGUUUUUUACAAGUUAAUAUAGUACCAAAACAGGUGGCCUUAAAAAGUAAUUAAAAUGAGAGCAGAUGGUACUAACAGAGUAAAUUAAAAACAGGGAUAAAACAAUAAAGGCAGAUUUCCUUUGGAACUAAAUUACUGCUUGGGUUCCAAUUCCCUGCUAGCAGCUGGCUGCUGAUGGGCAGGAACACAGAACCUAACAGCGAGCAGGUGCUUGGGAAGGUGCCGGCCAGAUUUGGAGUUGUCCAGCAGGCAGCUCCUAUAGCUCCUGUUUCCAGAAACUGAAUAAAAGCAAAACACAUGGUUGCUUCCAAAUGUGACAAAUAAUCUUUGCUUUUAUGAAACAGAGCUCUUUGGAGCUUUUCUGGUAUGAAAUUCCAUAUUUCUUCCUUUUCUAUUGUCAUAUUUUACUGGCAUGAAAUGGGAUGUCAGGGGACCUGGGCUCAUUUUUAUAUUCAAUUGUUUUGUAUUUCUACUUUUUUUUUUAAUUAAAAAUGUAUUGCAUGUCACAGCUGGAAACUAGUACAUGGUUAGUAUUUAGAAACCAUGCUGGAUUAAACCUUUUUUAAUGGAA